GAGAAGACGUGUCGUCCAGAUGAAUUUCGAUGUAAUAAUUCACUUUGUAUAUCUCAAGCUCUCGUCUGUGAUACUGAUAAUGAUUGCGGUGAUAGUUCGGACGAGGGAGAAUUUUCCAACCACAAAUGUCAACCAGGAUUUUUUCAAUGUGAUAAUAAACGAUGUAUACCAGAUCAUUUAGUUUGUAACGGAGGUCUGGACUGUUUUGACGAAAGCGACGAGUAUGAUUGUCCAGCCUUAAACUGUACUGGUCGACGUUGGACCUGUAAAACGGUACGACAAUGUAUCUCUCGGAAAUAUCAAUGCGAUGGAGUUGACGAUUGCACAGAUGCUAGUGAUGAGGAGGAUUGUGCUACACGAGCCCCUGAUGAAUGCCAUGAUAAUGAGUUUAAAUGUACAGUUGGAGGUUGUAUACCAGAAACGUGGAAAUGUGACGGACAGGAGGAUUGUGAGGAUGGCUCGGAUGAA